UAGAUUAUAAAUAAAAAUGACGAGCAGUCAGGGAAAAUUAUCAGUUGCUGAUGUUUGUGUGAUUGUCGCGUAUUUGUUGGGUGUAAUUGGUGUUGGAAUAUGGUCGAUAUUUCAAUCGAAGAGAGGAACUGUUAGUGGUUAUUUUCUUGCAGGAAGGUUCAUGACAUUUUUACCGGUGGGUAUGUCGCUAUUUGCAAGUAAUAUUGGCAGCGAACAUUUGAUUGGCUUAUCUGGGUCAGGUGCAGCUGCAGGAAUUGGUGUUGGUGCAUUUGAGUUCAAUGCAUUGCUGUUCUUGCAACUUCUCGGAUUUGUAUUUCUUCCUGUUUACAUAGCUAGUGGGGUGUAUACACUACCGGAAUAUAUUCACAAAAGAUUCGGUGGAAAUCGAAUUCGAAUCUUUUUAUCACUUCUUUCUCUACUCCUCUACAUCUUCACAAAAAUAUCAGUAAACAUGUACUCCGGAGCUUUAUUCAUUCAGCAAUCAGUGGGAUGGAACUUGUAUGUGUCCAUCUUCGGCUUGCUCACACUCACUGGUAUUUGUACAGUGACUGGUGGUCUGGCCACAGUCAUAUAUUUAGACACACUGAUGGCUUUUGUUAUGGUUGGUGGUGCAACGUUAAUGACAAUUAUAGGUUUCAACAAAAUUGGAGGAUAUUCUGGUCUGCGUAAUAACUUCGUGAAUGCUGUCCCGGACGAAGUUUUGUUGGGCAACACAACAUGCGGCAUACCGAAAGCUGAUGCGUUCAUUUUGUUACGUGAUCCACUUCAUUCCGACAUUCCGUGGCCUGGCUUCUUGCUUGGGCAAACUACUGCUUCAAUUUGGUACUGGUGUGCUGAUCAGGUAAUAGUUCAACGUGCACUAGCCGCCAAAAGUCUUUCACAUGCUCAAGGCGGUGCAAUAUUGGCAGGUUACAUCAAGGUUCUACCAAUGUUUAUUAUGGUAAUGCCUGGUAUGAUUAGUCGAGUGUUAUUUCCAAACGAAGUGGCAUGUGUCGAUCCAGAAAAGUGUUUUGAAUAUUGUGAAAGUCGAACAGGUUGUACUAACAUCGCUAUGCCGAAACUGGUGCUGGAAAUAAUGCCAUCUGGACUUCGAGGUAUGAUGUUAGCAGUGAUGAUGGCGGCUUUGAUGAGCGACUUGACAUCCAUUUUUAACAGUGCUUCAACUCUCUUCACCAUGGACAUUUAUCGAAGUAUAAGAAAAAAAGCUAACACGAGAGAGCUCAUGAUCGUUGGGAGAAUAUUUAUUGUGAUUUUAUGCGUUGUCGGUGUGGCCUGGGUACCAAUCUUGAAAGAGGUGCAAGGGGGACAAUUAUUCAUUUACAUCCAAGCGAUUUCAUCGUAUUUGUCUCCGCCAAUCACAGCAGUAUAUUUGAUUGCAAUAUUUUGGAAGAGAAGCAAUGAAUCGGGAACAUUUUGGGCAUUGAUUGUCGGUUUCAUAGCAGGUAUUAUUAGGAUGGCUUUGGAUUUCAGCUAUCCUGCUCCAAAGUGUGGAGAAGAAGAUACUCGUCCGUCGGUGGUGAAGAUUCAUUAUUUUUACAUCGCUUUGUUGUUGUUUGUGCUGAGCUGUAUUGUGUGUAUUGUGGUGAGUUUAAUGACGGAUCCGCCAGAUGAACAGUUAAUAAUCCGAACGACAGUAUGGACGAAACACGAUGAUACCAUCCGUACUGAUGAAAUCAAGGAAGAACACGAGCUCGAAGAAAACGAUGACGUGGAUCAAAGACAUCGCGUCGAUUCCGUUCUUCAGACACAAUAUGGCGGCAUAGAGAUGGCAGAAAAAGAGAAGCCGUUACAAGCUGAUGAUUUCCUCAUGUUCAAACAGCCUCUGCCAUGGUGGAAGCGAGCGGCUUACUUCUUGUGUGGACUCUCCGACAACAUCGCCGAAGAAAAGAAAGACGCAGAGGAACAAAAACAACACCUUAAAGACGUCAUUUCGUUGAAACAACACCCUAUUGCUAAAAGAGCACUUCGUAUUAACCUCGUCAUUGUUCUUGCCGUAUGCUUAUUUCUCCAAGUGUAUUUUAGCAUCCCCGAUGGAGGGCCGAGAGCUCCAACCAUUCCCUUACCGUACCCUCCAUUUGUGAAUAAUGGCACGCGCCCUGAGCUUUAGAAGGUUUAUGAUCAAAAAAUAUUUCCGUGUAUAUAUGAUGUAUAACUUAUAAUCUGGUCUGUAAAUUAUAACUGAAUUAUACCCUUACUUUUGACCCGUAGAUUUUUUCUUGUUGCAGUCUGCGGUUAGCAAUAACCAAAUGGUGCACACAUCUUUCAUGCUAAAAUCUGUUUUUUAAACCUUUAUGAGCUAGAAAAAAAAUUUCUGUCCAUCUAUUAAAUAUAAAUACUUGAAAUUAAAAGAUCGAUAUGUGAUAUAAUUUUUACCAUAUAAUCUAUUUUAAUAUUAGUUUUUAACAAAAUAUUUUUAUGUACUAUAAAAAAUUUAUAUUUUAUAUAUUUUAUCUUCGUAGUAAGGAUAUUUUACUCAAUACAUUCAUACCAUAAUACUUGUAAUAUAUCCACGUUGUCGAUUUUUGUAUCUAGAUCUUUCUGUAUGUACAAAAAUGGAUGUUUAAACUAGGUAUUCAAGCCUAGUAUAGAAAUAGUCUAUGUAAUUACUUUCGGGGAUUAACUUCGAAAUUUGCCAUCUUGUAUAUUCUGUGACAAGAUUGUCCGAGAAAGUGUAUUUUGCCUUAAUUUGCUCGGCUCCAGGCAUUGCGACCAAGGAUAUCCAAUAAAAAAGAAAAUAACGUAAAAAACUACUUUUGCAGAUAUUCCCUCAACAAAAUAUUUAGGCCAUGGUGAACAUAAUACUUGAUAGUCAAAAAACUUUAUGUUCUGUUCUGCAUCGCGCUGUGUUUUGACCAUCCAUGGUAACCCCAAAAUGGCCCUUUUUUUGGACUUUUUUGCGCCAUUUUGAGAUGCAAGCACCAGGACUGCUUUUUAUCGCAAUUUUAUUGGUUAUGUCAUUAGUUGGGGGGUAACAUAAUUUAUUUACUACGAAUGUAUAGAUGGUAUGUCAUAAUAAACUUGUUUUAAUUACAA